GCGCCAGCCACACCCCUGGCUCAGCCCAGGGUGGUUCUGGGAGGGGUGCCCAAGACUAGGGGCAGUUGGAAGGGGGUUCCCGCAGGGUGUGACGAGGUUGACCCGCCCUACAUGUCCCAUAUACUUGCUGCCUAGCAGCCUAGCUAGAGUGUGGGGCAGAGAUCCCAACCUGUACUGUACGGCUAGGAAGGGCUGCCUCAGGCCAGAUACACGCUGUGCUCUGUGCCCCAGAGGACCAUGAGAAAGCUAAAGGCUUGGGGUCAGUCAUCCUUGGGUCCGCUAUGGGCUUUGCCAACCCUGCUGCUAGCAAUGGCCGUGAGCGGGGCGGCGGAUGUACCCACAUACCUGUGGCAGGACACAGCGACGCGAGAGUGGCUGACCUGCGCCCGGUGUCCCCCGGGCACCUUCGUGCAGCAGCCAUGCCGACGGGACCAACCCACGACAUGUGGGGCCUGCCCGCCGCGCCACUACACGCAAUUCUGGAACUAUUUGGAGCGCUGCCGUUACUGCAAUAUCAUCUGCGGGGAGCACGAGGAAGAGGCAAGGCAGUGCAGCGCCACUCACAACCGCGCCUGCCGCUGCCGCCAAGGAUUCUUUGCACACGCCGGCUUCUGCCUGAAGCACGCGCAGUGUCCACCCGGCGCUGGAGUGACCGCCCCCGGGACCCCUAGCCAGAAUACCCAGUGCCAGCCAUGUCCCACAGGUACUUUCUCAGCCACCAGCUCAAGCUCAGAGCAGUGCCGCCCCCACCGCAACUGCACGGCCCUGGGGCUGGCCCUCAACGUGCCAGGCUCCUCCUCCCGGGACGCCCUUUGCACCAGCUGCACCGGCUUCCCGCUUGGCCCUGGCGAGCCAGGGACCGAGGAGUGCGAGCGCGCCGUCAUAGAUUUCGUGGCUUUCCAGGACAUCUCCUUCAAAAGGCUGCAGCGGUUGCAGCAGGCCCUAGGGGAACCAGAGGAUCAGAGUCUGCCGCCAUCCAGGGAGGGCCGCACAGCCUUACAGAUGAAGCUGCGGUGUCGGCUCUCUGAGCUCCGAGAGACGCGGAACGUGCCGCUGCUCACGCAGCUGCUGGCGGCGCUACGUGCCGCAGGGUUGCCAGGGCUGCAGCGGAGCGUUCUUGCGCGCUUCCUCCCUGCCAACUGAGCCUCCCUCGUCCCUGCCCGGGCUUUAUUCCACAUGGCACACUUUUCAGCCAGCCCUG